CCGCCAACUGUCACCAUGACGCCACUUACCCCAGCUUGGUCUCCCAUCCCCACACACAGCCACCGUCUGCGUCGCGUCUCGCUUGAACCGAUCACGCUCUCGCCGCUGCCGCCGCCGGCCGGCCCAAUGGCACUGCGGAUCAGCUCCUCCGCUCUCCUCCCGAAGAGCUUGCUAUCUCCGCCUUCCGGAACCGCCGGAGCCGACGGCGACUCCGCGAGACCGGCCUCCGUCCUCGAAAUGAGGCCGCGUAGACCAGCCAGCCUCCUUCUCCGCGGCUUCGUCCGCGCGGCCGGCAACAGCAACUCCACGAACUGCAACGGCGGCGGCGGCGGCGGCGGCUGCAGCAAGAAGAAAGGUUCGGUGCCGAGCUCCAACUACGUGGUGCCGCUGGACAACUCGAUGUCCGCGUCCUACUCUUCGUGCAUAACCCGCCCUCUCGCCGAGAUCCUCCGGGACCUCAACAAGAAGAUCCCUGACAACAUCAUCAAGUCGCUUCCAACUGCUCAUGACGGCGAUCCCGAUCACGACCCCGAUCAGGCCUCCAAUUACAUUCCCUGGUUUCAUGCGAACCGGAUGUUAAGCUUCUAUGCCCCUGGAUGGUGUGGAGAGAUACGUGAUGUUAUAUUCUCGGACAAUGGAAGCGUAACCGUGGUGUAUCGGGUCACGGUACGAGGAUCUGAUGGAGAGGCGCAUCGGGAGGCGACUGGGACCGUAUCACCUGCUGAUGGUCACGAUGCAGAUCCGGUUGCUGCGGCAGAGGAAAUGGCUUUCUGCAAAGCAUGUGCUCGAUUUGGUCUUGGUUUGUAUUUAUACCAUGAAGUAUAGAGGUCAGAGAUCACACGUGGAUCUACCCUGUUUACUUGACUGAGAAAAAGGGUGGUGCCAAUGCAAAUAAAUGAGCGAUGUUGCUCCGUGUAGGCAUAUGAACGUAGUUUUGGAUUGCGAUAUACCGAGUUGAAUAGUGAUUUGUUGAUUAUAUGUUGUUCAAUUCACAAGAUGGGCAUAUUCAGUUUCAAUUGACCUUUG